AUGUAUUCAAUUUGUAAUAUAGUAUUUGCACGUUGCGCUCUGUGAUUUUAACUAUAAGUACACCAUUUAUUGCUGUUUGUACGUAAAGUAAUAUUAUAACUAAAACAUUGCAAUACACGUGAACAUUUUAUAAGUCUAUAAUGGAGAGACAACAAAAUUCAGAGACAAAAGUUGAAAAUUUGGAAAAUUCAUCUGAUAAAAUAGAAAAAUUCAAACGCCUGGAUAAAGGAUGGUCUUGGGUAAUAAUGGUCGCCAGUUUCGGUGCAUUUUGUUUAAUUGGUGCAAAUAUGUAUGGUGUAGGAAUAAUGCAUGCUACCCUACUCAAGAGGUAUGGAUCAAGUGUGUCCCUUACAUCAUGGGCAGGAUCGUUGCAGACAGCUUCCAUGUCUCUCGGAGCUCCUUUUUCAAGCUUUUUUGUGGACAGAUUCAGUUGUCGGACAGCGGUAAUGUUAUCAGGAAUACUUUUUGCGGCUGGAUAUCUGGGUACAGCAUUUGCGCCUAACAUUGAAACAGCAAUUUUCACCUUGGGAAUCGUUGCCGGUUGUGGUGCUGGUGUUGGAUAUACAGCAAGCAUGGUUGUCAUUGAAUUCAAUUUCAAACGUAGACGCCACAUUGCUUUAGGUUUUGCGGUUUCUGGAAUGGGUGCCGGUCUCUUUGCGCUCUCACACCUGAUGCAACUGGCUCGCAAUUACUAUGGAUCUGCAGGGUUUUUUAUUAUACAGGCCACAAUGUCUCUGAACAUUGUAACGUUUGGAGCGAUGUAUUUUCCAAGUCAACUGGAACUACAUACACAAGAAAUGCGCAAAUGUAACAAAGAUAAUGCAAGGUCCGACAAAUCAAAAUCAAAUUCCAGCGAAGGCUUUACGCAGUAUUGCAACGCUUUAUUUAACAAACCAAUAGCUCUUUUGAGUGUUGGAAUGUUUUUUAACUGUGUCGGGACAUAUUUGAUAUAUUUGCAUCUGCCCGUAUAUAUUGUGUCGAAAGGGUUCACUGAUAAUCAAGCUGCAUGGAUGGUAUCAGUGACAGGUAUAUUGGCUGUCGUUGGCCGUAUAAUAACCGGAUUCGUUGCAAAUCUGAGCAUGUUCAAAGAAAUUUGGCUAUACGCAGGUACAUUGGGCGUCGUUUCUGUUAUCACAAUUGUGUAUCCGCACAUAUCAUAUACAUUUGCAGGGCAUAUCGUCUUUGCGGCAGUCCUUGGUACGUUUUUCGGCAGCUGCUAUGUACUGAUGACGGCAGUAAAUAUACGUAUUGUUGGUAUCAAGUUUGUGUCUGCAGCAGUAGGAACUGAGCUUUUCUUUGGCGGAAUUGGUGCAGUUUUAGGACCAGUAAUUGCUGGUGUAUUGGUGGACAAUGGCGGUACAUACGAACAAUCGUUUACUUUUGCAGGUGUUUGUAUCUUCCUAGCGGCAGUUUUAAGCAUUCUUACAGUGUGUCAUAAUGUUCCUCGAAAAGAAUUGGAAAAUCAGAAUGCAGACGAAGAUAGUAAACCUGUGAAGCUGAUAUCAGUCACUUCAUUGUCUAUGUAAGACAUGAUAACUGAUAUAUCGUGAAUUUGUUGCUAGUUUCCUGGAUACUGGCUAUUAACAGUAACCUAUAUAACAGGAGAGAAAAGGGGAGAAGAACUAUAUCAGUUCUUUUUCGUCCUAAUCCCUUUCAUGUAAUAUGUUUUCUUAUUUGUGAAAUGUAAUUGUAAUUAGGCCGGAUAUAAUGUCAGAAUCUCAAACUGAUUCCAACAUAGGGUUUCAUUCAUGAUUUACAAUCUUUAGUUACCUUAAUAAAGAAUCUAAACCAAACUCUAAACAUUAGAGCAGUUUCCUUUUAAUUUAACAGGGUAUUGCAAAUUUAACUGAAAUAAAAGCAAUUAAACGAAGAACAUUAGUAUCAUUUCUCUAUUCAUAUGCUUGUAUUACAUAUUAACACAUUACAAAGUAGUUUGAGAAGAUCUUCUAAAUAGUUGCUGUAACUGUUAAGGUGCCGCCACAAACACAAUUUAAUAGCAGUUCAUAUUUUCAGGCCUAGUAUUUUUCUCUUGAAAAUUGCACUAAAGUCUUAACAGUUGGUCAAAUUAUCAUCAACAUGGAAACACAUGAUGAUUUAUAGUAUAUACGCCGCUUGGGAAAUGUUUGAGUCUCGUUUAGACCGAAAGCUUACCCUAAAAUAUUGAAAUCUUACGGGCAUUCAAACUCCAUUAAACACAUAUUUACAAAAGACAAAAUUUAGUUCUUUUUGAAGUACAAUAUGUAUACUGCAAAAUCUUAUGGAAUGUUUGUCAAAAUUGUUCCUGGUUGUUGCAUUUGACACAAAAAUACAACUCCAUGUAAAUUUAAUUUAAAAAGUUGUUUGUACAUGCAUUACUGACCACAGCUAGCUAGGUAAACCAGUACACAUCGAUUGUUGAAUGCAACACUACACUAACUCUAUUGAUUUAUAUUGGAAGAUAAGAUAGUUUUUCAUUGUACAGUCAACCUAUAAUAUCAUCUGUUAUUAUGUCACUGUAUAUUAUGUGUGAACAGAUUUACAAAUUGGAUAAAUUGGAUUUUUGUGUAUAAUUCAGUAACCAUGUAAAAUUUCAAAAUAAAUUCUCUAAGACUGUGUUCUUUACAGUCUGAUUUACAAUUGGUUGUAAUUAUUUUUUUUUACAUGAUAGAAUAUAUAUUGAAUUUGACUAAAUGUAAAAUUGCAUAAUUUUGUCAUUUUAGCCAGAGAAAAAUAUCUAAUAAAGCAUAAUACAGGUAGUGAAAUGCAAAUCCUUUUACGUGCAUAUGUUCAAUUCAGAACAUAAUUUAUGACAAAAUUAUUGACUUUAGUGCAAUAUUCAAGAGAAAAAUACUCGGCCUGAAAAUAUGAACUGCUACUGAAUUGUGAUUGUGGCGGCACCUUAAUGUAUUGUAGCAAAAGUUGAUGUUAUCAAGUACCCAACUCAUCUGCAGUAACAUUGGGAUUACAUUUUUCUUUUCAAAUCCCCUAUAAAUGUUUUUUUUCUUGUUUCUGACUUUGAGAUACAAUUGUUCGAUGUUCAACUACUUUUAACUCCAAUGCCGACGAGUUUGUUUAAAAUUCUAUGCUCUGAAUUUGGCAGCUAUGUUCUGAAUUUUGACACCCAGUCGCUUUGUGACAAUAAUGAUAAAAUACUAAACGGAACCUACCAGUUCUUUCCAGAAAUCUAAACAUUUCAUUUUAUUCUGAUAUUUAAAAGAACAUUUAUGCUAUAGUAUACCAGUAGUAGAAAAUUACAGCACAUGAUCAACAGUAAUUGACACAAUACGUAUUAGAGAAUUCUAGAUGCAAUAUCUCAAAAAAAUGUGGAAUGAUAUUUUAAUAGUUUCGUUUCCUAACAUAUUACUUAUUCCACACCAAAACGUUUAUGUUGGAAUUAGUUCAACCUCAAAAGUCAAAAUGACCAGCCUAAAUGCAAUUUUGAAGUAAAUAAUUAUAUUUUAACUAACGGUAACGUACUUAUUAACAAAUUAUAUCUUUAUAGCAGAUUUUCCUUAUGCUCUAUGCUUAUGAUAUAUCACCGUCAUUUAUUCAAUAUCGACACUAAAGCAUCAUGCUGCUUGUUAAUUGUUUCGCAAUGUAGGACUUGGUAUUAAGCCAGAUUACCGCUAUCUAAAAGUGACAGAAGUGUAAGGAGCUAUCGGCAUUUACGUGGUGGCACUAUCGCAAUACCUAAAAGCACUUUGUGUAACAAUGCAACAUUUCAAUGUAGAGAAGAGUUUGUUUGUUUGUUUGUUUGCUUGUUUGUUGUUUUUUAUAUAUAACGGUAUAUAUAAUGGUGGUUUGGAUUUCAAUAAAUCAUGUACAUAUAC